CCGAGACCCACGAAGAUCUAAUUUAGAUCUAAUAACAACUGGCGGAAAUGACUCCACGUAGUCCUGCCCCCUACGCUAGCAUCUGGCAAUGUAAGCACAUGAAGGCGUUUGGCCGUACCUGACACUAGUCGUGUAUAAAAGCCAACCUAUGUGGCCCAGAGAACACCAUCAACAUUCGACUAUGAGAUUCACCUCACUCACUACUAUUGCCAUAUCUGCCGCGGCGAUGGUCGGCACAGUUAUCGCAUCUGAUUCAGAAAUAUCACCCGUAGGUCGUAAAUGCACCCCCAGUAAUUCAAUGCAAUGCUCAAGGAAAGGCUUGAAGGGUUAUAACAACGGGAACGAUUACGGUUUUUUCUGCGGACCGAAAAAAAAAAUUAUGCAAGCCACGCCGUGUGCCUGCUCGGGUUGCUGUACGUUGGAUGCUAGUAAGGAAGAUUUCCAGUGUGGAACCUGAGUUGUGCGCAAGAGGGCGUGAAGAAGGCUUGAGUGUCAAUGUGAAUAUGGAAUGCAUUGAAAUUCUGUAGCCAACGUUGAAUCAUUAUGUCAGUUCAUACGCCUCACUCGUGCUUGGCGAGCAACCCCCUCACAAUUGGUUGUUGAAAUAUCCUGGAAGCGUACCCACUGACUUGCGAAGAAACUAAGCUAGGCUGUCCUACUCGAGUCGCAUUCUUGGCGUACAUCGUGAAUGCAACCUUUGAAAAAAUCUCACUGUAGAGCGAGUCUCGUGCAUGGUUCGUGGAUCCAGCGUGAAAUAUGUGCAACCUUGUUCAAUUGUUUGCGUUGUUCGUCGACGGUUUAUCG